AUCUGCCUCAACAUUUUUGACUUCCGCCAACCGAGAUAACGGUAAACCCUUGACUUGCCCGUUCAGAACCUCACAUCGGUGACUGUUGUAAGGAUCCGUCGCCAGUGGCAUUGAAAGACAGCCCGGUUACUAAACAAAACAAACGAAAACAUCAAAACAAUCGAACCGAAAUCGAACGGCGAGACCACGGAGCAUGGAACGUCCCAGCAAUGGAGAGAAUCUGUUUGUGCUGUUUGGCGGAAUCGGAGCAGAUGUACAGUGUGACGAUAACGCUGGAGGCCUUUUUACCGGAACACACCCUGCAGGAGCUACGGAGCGACGGCGAAGGCCCACCGAUCGGGACGAUCAAACUGAGUGAGCUGUACUCCACCUUCAUCCAGCUGCCGCUCACGGCCAGUCUCCAGAUCAGUAAUGAAAUUUGUUCCAGCUGCGUUACGGUGCUGAAGGAGUUUUACCUCUUCCGGGAGCGAGCGCACCGAUCUUUCGAAGAACUGCAGACCAAGGCGGAUAUUGCAAAGAUUAUAAGCCACCUGGAGCACAGCAGUGUCGGCAGUGUGUGCCCUGAACGCCUAAUCGAAGACUUUGAGGAAGAGUAUGAACCAAUGCUCCUCGAACCACCACCAGCACCGACCAGCGCAGCGGAUGCAGCCGACACCGACACCAGUAGUGGCCCCUUCCGGUGUACGAUUUGCCAAAAGAUGUUCAAGAUGCGUAAACUGUUGCUACGCCACGAGGAAGAGCACCGGUCGACGGAUCAGCGUGCAGCCCGCUAUCACUGCCAGUUCUGUGAGAAACAUUUCCGCACGCAAAAGGGAUGUAGUACUCACGAGCUGAAAGCGCAUCGGAGGCCAAGCUUAAAGAAAGGGCUAGCGAAUAGCCACGAGAACGAUGGGUCUCGUUGUCGUUUAAUCAAAAAGCGAGUAGAGCAUAAAUGUCUCAUCUGCGAGAGUCACUUCAGUACUGCACGGUUGCUUAAGGAACACAACGCCACGAUGCAUCCACUGCAAGCGAACCGCUUUCCCUGUGAUCUCUGUACCAAAACCUUUACCCGCAAAUCGUCCCUCAACGUGCACAAGAUGGUACUGCAUGCCGGUAUACGGCAGCAUUCUUGCCACAUUUGUGCCCGAUCUUUUGGGAAGGAAGACUCACUGAAAACGCACCUGGAGCUACACACCGGCAAAACGCACCGGUGUAAGCUCUGCAGCAAGGCAUUCGUAAAGGCCAGCUUUUUACGGCAACAUCUGGAGCAGCACGAAUCGGAGGAUGCAAGAAGACGGUUCGUGUGCCGCGUCUGUUCGAAGGCGUUCACCACAAAGAGCCAUCUCAGUGAUCACGAGCUGAUACAUAGCGAUGAGCGGCCCCACCGGUGCAACGUUUGUGGUAGUUGCUUCCGGCAAAGGCAGCAGCUAAAGAUACACAGCUAUCAACACUUUGGUAAACCGUUACGCUGCACUGAAUGCAACGCAGAGUUUGCUGCUCGUGCCCGGCUUCAGGCACAUAUCAUCUCGAAGCAUCGACAACCAGCGUCCAGUGUGCCGGCUGCUCCAAAACCACCUCCCACUGUCGUCGAACCGGACUUUGGUGAUAAGGUAGUGAACGAGGACAUACUGAACGAGAUCUGCCACCAGAUUGGAUCGAAUCCGAUCAUGCUGCAAAACAUUGACGCCGAUGGUGUUAACUUGAUCUGCGGAAACAACAGCGGACCGAUCGCGUUCCUCGGGGAGGAAGUUAACAAUCUCUUACCGGAAACGAUGAAUCAAUGUCUCUAAUGCGAUGUAGGAGACGCACUAAGCAGUUUUUACAAUAAAAUGUUAUUUAAAA